CUAACUUUGCGAAGCAGAUCCAGAAAUGGAGCUGGUUUAUAGGAUAGUUGUCUUUUUCAUGUUAGCCUGUCCCAGCUUUGGGAUCAAUGGGGAGUUAGCUCAGAUCUCUGUGGCCAUUGCUGGACCUCUACCCAGGGAGUUUGUACAUAGACUCCAGCUGCAAAACCACAUCCUAACCAAAGAAGCUCCAGGCCCUGCUGUGGCUGAAGCCAGCGAUUACCCUUGCCAACAAGAUCCUGCGACUUCCGAGCUGCCCCAGUACUUUUCCCACCUUCAUGAGGUUGGGGUGACGCAUUACAAAAUCUUUUUGCCGUGGGAGCGCAUUCUUCCCAAGGGGGAUGCCAGAAAGCCAGACGAAGCUCAAGUGCAGUGCUACCAGCAGCUGCUCAAGACGCUGGUUGCUGCAAACCUCAGGCCGGUGGUAGUUCUGCAUCACAAGCACAUCCCUGGCAAUGUGGCCGCACAGGCUGCAGGCAACAAAACCAACGCUUUUGCUGACCUUUUUGUGGACUAUGCAGAGUUUAGUUUCAAUGUUUUUGGGGGUCUGGUUGAUGUGUGGCUCACUUUCAGUGACCUGCCAGAGGUCUUGAAAAGCCUGCCUUACGAUGAGCCCCAGCUCCGUGUCCAGGCUCUUGCUGCUGCUCAUGAGAGAGCCUAUAGUGUCUACCACGAGAAAUACUCACUGGCAGGUGGAAAGCUGUCCAUUGCUUUAGGAAUGGAUCAUGGCUUGGAUAGUGCUUCAUCAGAGCUGCUUUCAGUUUCUCUUCAGGAUUCGGUAGACUUUCUAUCUCUCAACCUUCAGUACAGUUGUGGAAAAGAAACAGAUUUCUACAUGCAAAUGAGUGAAUUCCAGAAUCUCUGGAAGGACAUAGAGAUCUUGAUUUUCACUCUAAAAUUCCUUGACUGUGGUUCCCUGGAAGAGAAUCCAUUCAUACGAGUAGCUGCCAUCGUCACAGCUCUUAAUAAAGAAAAAGCACGUACAAUUGGGUAUGAUGUGAGUGAACUAUUGGACUUCUCAUCUCGUGUUUUAAGCAAAGCCAGUACUCUACAGGAGAACCCAGAUGCAGUUCUCACCCCUCGCUCCUCCUAUCAAACAGUUUGGGAAAUGUUUGCUAGCCAGUCUGAAUUGGAGAGGGAUUCUUUUCUGCAAGAUGUUUUCCCGAGCGGUUUCCUCUGGGGCGCCUCCACGGGUGCCUUUAAUAUUGAAGGAGCUUGGGCAGAGGAUGGGAAAGGAGAGAGCAUCUGGGAUCGGUUUGGGCAUGAAGGCCAUGUCUACAUGAACCAGACAACAGACGUGGCGUGUGACAGCUACUAUAAAACCAGCUAUGAUGUUUACUUGCUGAGGGGUCUUCAUCCCCAGCUGUACAAAUUUUCUAUAUCCUGGCCUAGAAUUUUCCCCACUGGCACCAAUGAGACCAUCAGCUCCAAGGGCGUGGAUUAUUACAGCCGGUUAAUUGACAGGUUGCUGGAUGCUAACAUUGAGCCCAUGGUGACUCUGUUCCACUGGGACCUCCCACAAGCUCUCCAGGUUCUUGGUGGCUGGCAGAAUGACAGCAUCAUAGAUGCUUUUGUGGACUACGCAGACUUCUGCUUUGCCACUUUUGGGGAUCGGGUCAAGCUCUGGAUUACUUUCCACGAGCCUUGGGUUAUCAGCUAUGCUGGCUACGGCACCGGCGAGCAUCCUCCAGGAAUCGCUGACCCAGGAGUCGCAUCUUACAAGGUGGCUCACACAAUUCUCAAGGCUCACGCCAAGGUCUGGCACCUGUACAACGACAGGUACCGUUCUCAGCAACAGGGAAAAGUGGGGCUGGUGCUGAACUCAGAUUGGGCUGAACCCAAGACUCCAACCAGCUCCGAGGAUGUGAGUGCAUCGGAGCGGUACCUGCAGUUCAUGCUCGGCUGGUUUGCUCACCCCAUAUUUGUUAACGGUGAUUACCCAGACGUCCUGAAGGCUCAGAUCCAGCAGGUAAACCAGCAGUGCUCCACGACAGUUGCACAGCUGCCUGUGUUUACGGAGGAGGAGAAAGCCUGGGUGAAUGGGACCGCAGACUUUUUUGGUCUUUCCCAUUACACCUCCUACCUGGUUAGUGCCGUGACUAAUGGGACCUGCGCACCAGGCUACGAGAGCAUCGGGAACUUCUCCUUGCAUGUGGAUCCUGCGUGGCCAAAGACUGCCUCUGCUUGGAUCCACGUGGUCCCCUGGGGAUUAAGAAGGUUGCUGAAGUUUGUGUCCCAGGAAUACACCAGGGCAAAGAUCCCAAUUUACAUAGCAGGAAACGGUGUGCCCACAGAGCCCAUAGGGGAUCAUAUUAAUGACACUCUGCGAGUAGAUUAUUUCCGCCGGUACAUCAAUGAGGCUCUGAAAGCGGUGAAACUAGACACGGUUGACGUCCAGUCAUACAUUGCUCGAUCACUGAUUGAUGGUUUUGAAGGCCCGGUGGGGUACAGCCAAAAAUUCGGGCUACAUCAUGUGAAUUUUGAAGACAGCAACAGAGCAAGGACUCCCAAGGCAUCCGCUUAUUUCUAUGCCAGCGUUAUUGAAAAGAAUGGUUUCCCACCCCAAGUCUCAAACAGACUCCCUGCGCCGGUGAUGUUUGACCUACCCGUGCCGUCAAAGUUGCCAAAUUUACCAGCAUCAGAAGUUCCCUCCAAGUCCAAGGUUGUCUGGCAGAAGUUUUCAUCUCAAACAGACUUUGAAAGGGACAUGUACUUUUAUGGGACGUUCCCGGAGGACUUUCUGUGGGGUGUGUCUUCUUCUGCAUACCAGAUAGAGGGAGGCUGGGAUGCUGAUGGCAAAGGGCCCAGCAUCUGGGAUAACUUCACCCAUGUGCCAGGGAAUAUAGUUAACGACGACACUGGCGAUGUAGCUUGCGAUAGCUACAACAAGCUGGAGGAAGAUAUUUACCUGCUGAGAGCCUUAGGGGUAAAGAACUACCGUUUCUCUCUGUCCUGGCCUCGAAUUUUCCCCACUGGAAGGAACGACUCAAUAAAUAGACAUGGAGUUGACUACUACAACCGCCUCAUUGACGGGCUGGUGUCAAACAACAUCACACCAAUCGUCACCCUCUACCACUGGGACCUGCCCCAGGCUCUCCAGGACAUCGGUGGCUGGGAGAGCACUUUGCUGAUUGAACUCUUUGAUAGUUUUGCAGACUUCUGUUUCCAGACCUUUGGGGACAGAGUGAAGUUCUGGAUCACAUUCAACGAACCCCAAGUCAUUGCAUGGGUUGGCUACGGCCUGGGGGCAUUCCCACCCAACGUCAAAGACCCCGGGAGCACUCCCUACAAGGUGGGACACAUCUUGCUGAAAGCUCACGCCAGGGUGUACCACACGUACGACGACAAAUACAGAGCAAGCCAGGGAGGGGUCAUUUCUCUGUGUCCCAACAUUGACUGGGCUGAACCGAAGACACCGAGUGACCCCAGGGACCUGGAAGCUGCAGACAGGUACUUGCAGUUCUUGGUGGGGUGGUUUACCCACCCAAUCUUCAAAAACGGGGACUAUCCUGAGGUCAUGAAGUGGAAAGUUGGGAACAGGAGCGAACUGCAGAACCUGCCAUCAUCCCGCCUACCCGUUUUCACAGCUGAGGAGCGUGACUACAUCCGGGGCACAGCAGAUGUCUUCUACUUCAACACCUACACUUCCAAAAUCGUAACCCAUAAAACGACCCCUCUGAAGCCCUACUCUUACGAGCACGACCAGGAAGUUUCGACAAGUAUUGACAGCUCCUGGCCUUCCUCAGCACUUUCUGAACAUAAGGCUGUGGCCUGGGGGCUGAGGAGGGUGCUGAACUGGAUCAAGGAGGAGUAUGGCAAUCCCCCGAUAUACAUCAUUGAGAAUGGGGUGGGGAUAAAUAGCAGCUCGGAUGUUGAUGACCACACCAGGAUCCUUUACCACAAAACAUACAUUGAUGAAGCUUUAAAAGCUUACAAGCUCGACGGUGUUAAUCUGCGAGGAUACAAUGCUUGGUCUUUUAUGGAUAACUUCGAGUGGUUGAAUGGCUAUGAUUCAAGAUUUGGGCUGCACCAGGUUGAUUUUGAUGAUCCCAACAGACCAAGAACCCCAAAGCGCUCGGCUGUGUACUACGCAGAAAUCAUCCGCAAUAACGGCAUCCCGCUGCCCAAGGAGGAUGAGUUUCUCUACGGGGAGUUUCCAAAGAACUUCUGGUGGAGUGUAGCGACAGCAGCGUACCAGAUUGAGGGAGCAUGGAGAGCAGACGGGAAAGGACUUAGCAUUUGGGACCAGUUUUCUCACACUCCCCUGAAAAUCAGCAAUAAUGACAAUGGGGAUGUGGCUUGUGACAGCUACCACAAGAUUGAGGAGGAUGUGGAAAUGCUGAAAAACCUCAAGGUGUCUCACUACCGCUUUUCCAUCUCCUGGUCCCGUGUUCUCCCAGACGGGACCACCAGCUACGUCAAUGAAGCGGGACUGAACUACUACGAAAGGCUGAUUGACGCACUUCUGGCAGCCAACAUAAUGCCGCAGGUGACCAUCUACCACUGGGACCUCCCACAGGCGCUGCAGAACGUCGGCGGGUGGGAGAACGAUACCAUAGUUCAGAGGUUUAAGGAAUACGCCGAGCUGCUUUUCCAGAGGCUGGGAGAUAAGGUGAAGUUCUGGAUCACCCUCAAUGAACCCUACAACACGGCAUAUCUCGGCUAUGGCUUUGGGACAGCUGCUCCAGGAAUCUCUGUUAGGCCGGGGCGAGCCCCUUACAUAGUGGGGCACAACCUGAUAAAGGCCCAUGCAGAAGCCUGGCACCUGUACAAUGAGACGUACCGGCCCAAACAGGGAGGAUUGAUCUCCAUCACCAUCAACUCGGACUGGACAGAGCCGAGGAACCCCCACAAACAGGAGGACUGGGAUGCUGCCAGGCGCUACCUGCAGUUUCUCAUAGGUUGGUUUGCUCACCCCAUUUUCAAAAACGGUGAUUACAACGAAGUGAUGAAAACAAGGAUUCGGGAGCGCAGCCUGGCUCAGGGUCUGAAGCAGUCUCGACUUCCAGAAUUCACUGAAAGUGAAAAGCAAAGAAUUAAAGGCACAUAUGACUACUUCGGUCUAAAUCACUACACUACGGUUUUAGCAUACAACUUUAAUUAUUCUACUGGGAUCCUGUCAUACGACUCUGACAGGGGUGUCGCUUCAGUAACCGACCGCACCUGGCUGAACUCGGGGUCCUUCUGGCUCAAGGUGACGCCCUUUGGCUUCCGAAAGCUCCUGAGGUGGAUAAAGGAAGAGUACGGUGACCUUCCCAUUUAUGUGACUGAAAAUGGGGUAUCGGAACGGGGAGACACAGAUCUCAAUGACACCUGGCGGAUACAUUACCAUCGGAACUACAUUAACGAAGCACUGAAAGCUGUUGUGCUGGACGGCGUCGACCUGCGAGGCUACACGGCCUGGACGCUGAUGGACAACUUCGAGUGGGCCGUGGGCUUUGAUGAGAAGUUUGGCUUCUACCACGUCAACUACACGGACCCCAGCCUGCCGCGGCUCCCCAAGGCCUCCGCCAGGUACUACUCGCAGAUCAUAAGCUGCAACGGGUUUCCAGAUCCAGCAGCAGGCCCACAUCCCUGUCUGGAACCGGAGCCGGAAGCGACCCCGACAGUCCCCACGACAGUGGAACUGGCUGACAAUGUGCGCUUCCUGGGCUUGGACUUAACGUCACACAGUGCCGAAAUCGCGCUGUACGUGCUUUUUGCUCUUUCUGGAGUUGGAGCACUGGGCCUGGCUCUUCUUGCUUAUAAAUAUGGAACAUUAUCCAAAAAAUCCCGUAAACAAUCACCCAUGGAACUCAGUAAAAUGUGAAGUUCAAUCGGAUUAAAUAUGGGGAAUGGACUGAAACAAUGAAACCCUAUCACAUUGUAUUCUACUGCAGCAGAAAGAACGAUAGAGCGCUCGUACUACUGCACCUUAAUGAGGGGAAGGAAGCCUUAGAGAUAGCGUCUUGUCUUUUUGUUGUUCGUUAAAAUAUGAAGCAAAAAAUGUUCUGUUAAUUGACUUCUUCCCAGCUGUUACUGAUUUGAUUUCUUCACAUCAGAACUAAAAUAGCUUGUUCCUAGUCGUGCAAGAACUUUGAACCUGACCGUUCAUCUGUUCGCCUUCGUCACCUUCCCUGGUGUCCUGCUGGUCUCUUCAAGGCAUCUGAGAGAAUUCCCAUGAAGGUCUACUGAACCUUAAUGGUUCGAAGACAAGGUAGGGCUGGUAAAAACAGGUGGAGGAGGAUAUUGUUCUCACAGACACUGUACAGCAUGGGUUUUUCUAUUCCUCUUUUUGAAUUUUAUCAUAAAUUAUUAAAAAAUGAAAAUUGGCCUAGC